GAACUCUUUUAAUUAUAAUAAUUAAAAAUUGUAUCUUAGGCCCCUGUGAAAGUUACCAAAUUAAAAUAAAAUUCGCAAUAAGGUGUUAUGAACACUUGUAAGGUGUAAAUGGGUUACCUUGGGGGUGCAUGAGAUCGUGAAAAGUACCUAUUUAAAUCCCUUUCACAAAUUCCUGGAUCCGCCUGUGGGCAUAUAUGUGUACAUUAAAAAAAAUCCCUUUACUUUAAAACCUCGGAUUUUGGUGGUGUAUUUUAGUUCUAUAUUCUAUUAUUCGGACACAAAUCAUGCAAAACUUCAAUUCAUUAUUCGGGAACAAAUAAUACAAAACUUCAAUUAUAUCUGACAACCGAGCCCCUGUGGUUUGAAUGCCUAAGUUGUGAGUGAGUGAAGUUGUCAGCGAUGUAAUAAUGUUUAUAAAGUGUUUAUGAAUAGGCUAUCUGGCACCUUUACUCUUCAUUGUUGUAAUUAUCUCAUUGAAAAUAAUAUUUCAAGUAAAUUGAUAGCAGCUACCAUUUCUUUUAAUCCAAGUGGUUGCCAUUUAACAACUCCAACACCCCCCACCCCCCCCCCCCCCCUUCAAUAUUUCUGCACAAAUUCAGAACGAAAAGUGGAUUGAAAUGGUGAUCCCUUUCAACCAAUCAAAAUUCUUCAUAUAAAACCAAUCAGAUUUCAGUGCAAACAGAAGGUCACCCAAUGAAGUGGUUUUAAAUUCAACCAAUGGAUACCAAGGUCGGAGGUCAGUGGCGACUAAUGACAUUGAAUAUAACAUACAGUCUUCUCAAUGAGUUAAUUUAUUCACUAUCGUCGGUUCGAAUAGUUGGAGUACAGUAAAAGCGAAGUUGACAGAAUGGCUCGUACAAAGCAAACUGCACGUAAAAGUACAGGAGGUAAAGCCCCUCGUAAACAGCUGGCUACCAAGGCUGCACGUAAGAGUGCCCCCUCCACCGGAGGAGUGAAGAAGCCUCACAGAUAUAGGCCAGGAACAGUCGCCCUCAGAGAAAUCCGUAGAUACCAGAAAUCAACUGAGUUGCUCAUCAGGAAAUUGCCUUUCCAACGUCUUGUGAGAGAAAUUGCUCAGGACUUCAAAACUGACUUAAGAUUCCAGAGUGCAGCUAUUGGAGCCCUGCAAGAGGCCAGUGAAGCUUACCUGGUUGGAUUAUUUGAAGACACUAACUUGUGCGCCAUCCAUGCAAAGAGAGUCACAAUCAUGCCCAAAGACAUUCAGUUGGCCAGGAGGAUUCGAGGAGAGCGUGCAUGAUCUCGUUUCUAUUUCAUCUCACAGACUUGUUUUCAUAUAGACAUUGAAAUUUUUAUCGUGAAUGCAGCAGACAUUUUCAGGACAUUAUGGCAUGGUAAUUUUGUUUCCAUUCCAGACAAAUUCUCAUUGUGUGGCUCAUUUGUCAUUGGAUUUUUUUUUUUAAUUUAUGUUCUAUAAGACACCUUAGUUAAUGCAGAUCAGCAGUCUCGUUGGUUUUUGAUAAUGUCCAUUUUAUGCAUGCAUAGAAAUGUGAUUGAGAAAGUUAAUUUCAUGGUUUUCUUGAUUGACACUUCUUUUUGAGAUUUGAUUUCUUGCAUCAAACCAUGCUGGUCAUCAAUAUUCUAUCAUGAAUAGUCAGGGAAAUAUGUUGAUUUUUGUGUAUUUGUCUUAAUUCUGGACUGUCUUAUUUCUAUCUGUUCAAAUCUUAAAUUUCUUGACUUACACAAAAGUUUUUUAUACAGGUGUCCCCCAUUUGUGUUGUCUUUUUGUAAUGUUUUAGAUUUGUGCAAGUAUCUUAUUUUAACAAUAAAUGUAGUCUCUUUA